GAAGAAGAUGAAGACGCGCCAUAGAAUUGCGCAACAACAUGGGCUCCUAGUGUGUAUAACGUUUGUGUUGACGGUUCAGACUGCGGAUAAUAUGCAAAGAUGCAAUCAUCGCAGUUGUCCUAGUUACGGAGCUCCGCAGUAGGAUGGAGGUGUGGCGCCUUCUGCCGGUUUUGUCCCGGAAAUUGUCGCUUCAUGGUUCGUCGUGUGGAGGAGAUUUAGUCACUAGAUCCCGGAUUCGCUCUUGUGGUGUGACUGUGAUACAGGGCAACAUUUCUCGCUCUUACUUUUCAACAGGGCCACCAGUCACAGAGAGCACUGCGCUAGUGUACAGGAGUCACGGAGUUCCAUCACAAGUCGUUCAGUUGGAGACUCAUAAGCUUCCUGCCCUGGAAGCUAAAAGUGCCCUUGUGAAAAUGCUUGCAGCUCCCAUCAACCCCUCGGAUAUAAACAUGAUCCAAGGAACCUACGCUAUACUGCCUGAUCUUCCAGCUGUAGGUGGCAAUGAGGGAGUGGGUCAGGUCUUAGAAGUGGGCAGCCAGGUCCAAACUGUCAAAGUGGGUGAUUGGGUCAUUCCUAGAGAUGCUGGUCUUGGCACAUGGCGGACUGCUGCUGUUUUCAGUGAGGAUGAUUUGGUGACUGUGCCCAGUGAUAUCUCUGUCCUUUCAGCAGCCAGCCUAGGAGUCAACCCUUGCACCGCAUUCCGAAUGCUCUCUGAUUUUGAGAGUCUCAUGCCUGGAGACACAGUCAUCCAGAAUGCAGCGAACAGUGGAGUUGGACAGGCUGUGAUCCAGAUAGCUGCAGCAAAGGGUAUCCAUACAAUUAGUGUAGUCAGAGACAGGCCAGACCUGCAACAGCUGACUGACAGACUAAAAGCAAUUGGAGCCACAUAUGUGAUUAAAGAGGAGACAUUAAGAAAGCCAGAAAUGAAGGACAUCUUUAAGGUUUGUCCUCGACCUAAACUGGCCCUUAAUGGUGUGGGAGGGAAAAGUGCCACGGAGCUUCUUCGGCAUUUACAGACUGGGGGCACCAUGCUGACAUAUGGCGGAAUGGCCAAGCAGCCAGUUACUGUGCCUGUGGGUGCUCUCAUCUUCAAGGACGUAAAAGUACGAGGAUUUUGGGUCACUCAGUGGAAAAGAGACCAUAAGCAUGAUGAGGCGUUGCGUGUCAUGUUGGAAGAGCUGUGUACCCUGAUCCGUGCUGGAAAGCUGUCAGCUCCACCCUGCACUGAAGUGGGCAUGAAGGACUUCCACAAAGCUCUGGACAAUGCCAUGAAACCAUACAUCUCAUCUAAACAAAUUCUGGUCAUGUGAGCCCACACAAAUUCAGGUUUCCACAAUAGCAAUUAACAAGUAAUUAUUACACUAGGCCCAUGUGCACAAAUUUUACUUUUUAACAUUAAAAUCCAAUAAGCGCUAUCCAUUUAUGUAAUCCUCAAGAAAUAUUUCACAUUAGUUGAAGCCUCAAUACUUCGUAUUAUUUCACAAUUUCAUUUUUUGCAUAUCGCCAGGUUUAGAAAUAGGUUUGGGAGGAUGAAUCCUUUUUUUUCUAAUGUAUGCAUUAAUAAAUGGAAAUGUGAAAUUGGUUCAUAGCUCAUUAAAAAGGUUUUCAAAUAA